UCCCCCCCCCUACCCGUUUCCAUCUAAUUUCCCCUGGUCUCCGCUCGGCAAAGGCGGUGCCGUAGCCAUGGCCGGGCCGCCUCAGCCCGCUUGCCUGUGGGGAAACCUCGCUUCCUUCGCCGCCGACAUGAGGAAAAUGAUCAACGCGCCCGAGCUCAGUGAUGUAAAAUUCAUUGUGGGAAAGGAGAAGAGAGUGGUAUAUGCUCACCGCUGCAUCUUAGCCUAUCGCUGUGAGGCGUUUAAUGCCAUGUUCGCCCAACAACCUCUGUCAUGUGAUGCAAAAGGCGUUGACAUACCAUUUGUUCUUUCAGAUGUGCAGCCAGAUAUCUUUCUGGCUGUGAUUGAGUUUCUGUACACAAACUGUGUGAUGCUGAGCAGCAAAAUGGCUCUGGAUGUGUUGACAUCCGCAGUGGAAUAUGGGCUGGAUGAUCUUCAGAAGCUGUGCGUGGAUUAUAUCAGCAGCACACUUACAGUUGAAUCUGCCUGUGAAGCAUUGCAAGCAGCAGUGACAUACAGACAGACCGACAUGAAAGACAAAUGUUUGGCUUUCAUCCAGAGCCACACUAAAAGUAUUGUGAAGACCCAAGGCUUUCAUGAACUUUCUGACCCUGCCUUGCUUGUUAUUCUGCAAAGUGACUUGCUCACCAUCGAUGAGCCCGAUUUAAUUAACUUUGUCAGAGAAUGGGCGCACGUUAACUCAGUAGUUCUUGACAAAUCAAUACCAGAAAUAGCAAAGGAAGUUGUUCGUGAAUUACGCCUUUUUCUCUUGACCCCUGAUGAACUGACAACCCUGGAAGCUGAAAACAAGAAAGAUAACUUGAUUCCCGUGGACAAGAUUGCCGAAGUGUGGAAAUUUCAUGCAUUGAAAAAGCCAAGUGGAAUCGCGGUUCAUCUGCUUCGGAGACGGAAGGGAACUCGACCUCGAGACCAUCACAAGUACUUCAACCUUUGCCACAAAUAAACGUAAAAACCACAAA